GGGUCCCCUCGGGGGACCCGGCCCCCAACCUCGGGGGCUGUGGGUCGCUGCGGCCCCCCCCCCGCCCGGUCCCUGCCCGCCGCCGCCGCUCCCCCCCGCGGAGGGCGGACCCGCCGCAUCCCGGAUGCCGCCGCCGGUUUCCUGGCCCGUUUCCCGGUCAGGGAAACGCUUUACGGAGCGCCGCGGGGAGGGGGCAGAAGGGUUUCUCGUCCCGCCGGCUUAUUUUUUCCGGUCGGUGCUCCAUAGGAGGAGGCAGCCCCGAGCGAGCGGCCCCCGGGGCCGGUCCCCCGGCUGAAGGAUGCGUCUGCCGGUCCCUCGGCCGCUGCUCUCGGACACCGGUGCCGUGCCGCGCUUCUCUCCCGCGGGCAACGAGGAAUAAAAGGGCGCCGGAGGGUCUUUUGCUUCCCCGAGGGCUGGAAAGGAGCGAAGGCGAGACUUUGAUCGCGUCUUGCAGAGGGAUCUGCGAAUUUGCGGAGGAAAAGGGGGUGUUGGGGUAGGGGAAUAAUCAGAUGCUUUAGCGGCGCCGGAGAGGCAGUGCUACAUCGUUUUGCUUCGGCCCCAUCAUGGGUACCGGCAUGUGUUCGAGGAGGCAGAAGGGGCUUCUGCAGACCGGGUUUUGCCUGGUGACUGUGGCGUGUUUGGGCUCGGGAGUUUUCAUGUACAGCCACUUGCAGCAAAAGGUGCGGAACGCUGAAGCCCUGGCCCAGAAAUACAAGCAGCAGCAGGAAGCGCUGUCUGCCCAGCUCCAAGUUGUGUAUGAGCACAGAUCCCGGCUAGAACGAUCCUUGCAGAAGGAGCGAGGGGAACACAAGAAGACGAAGGAAGAUUUUUUAGUGUAUAAGUUAGAAGCUCAGGAAGCUCUCAACAAGGAGAAGCAAGAUUCUAUGAACAGAUACGGGGCCCUCAGCUCCCAGCACAAGAUCCUGAAGAACCAGCAUGAAGAUGUCAAGAAGCAGCUGCUUGACCUGCAGUUGCAGCACAACAGCUUGAAACUGGAACAUCGUAAGGUGCUGGAGACCCAUAGCCAGAAAUAUGCCCAGCUGCAGCAGGAGAAGGACAGUGAAGUCUCAAACCUGCAGGACACGGUCUUUAAACUCAGAGAAGAGAGCAAGCUUCUCCGGAAGGCCCACCAGGAAGUUCACUCUCAGCUCCUUAAUGCCCAGGCCCAGAUGGAAGAGUUCAGGCAGCUCAAGGAAGCUCUACAGAAGAUGCCAAGCUUCAAAGGAGGAGGAGCUGGCAAGGGGCAGCAGCAGUUCCAGGUGCCGAAGGAGCAGCCCAUGGUGCCAGCCAACAGCCAGUUGCAGCUCGUGAGGCAGAAGGCUUUUCCAGUCAAUCAGGAGAAUCGCCCUGGUGGGAACCUGCUGGCCUCGCAAGUCUCUGGGGUUCAGAAGCAGGUGGAUGGCCCUCUGCUGCAGGGCCAGAACUUGUACGGUAACGAUGGCCCGCGGCCACAAGCUAACGUGGUCUUCACCCGUCCGGCCCCGCUGCAAGACGCCAACUCGCUGCCGGGGGCUAUGCCCGCCUGGCCAGCGAGACGUGGGGACGGCCACGUCAUCCGAUUCACCCGGACCAUGAACAGCCUACCCAACGGGAACCCAGAUCUAAAGAUGGUGAUGCACAUUCAGGUGAAAAGCAACGAGGAAAGCCAGGCUCCUGGGUUGUCCCUGUCUGAGCUGAAACAACCCCCUGCAGCAGACAAACCUCAGCUGCCAGACAGCCACCGCUCUGCCGGGAACAAACUGGUGCAAAUGCAAAGCUGGAAAGACAUAGUUAACAAAGUGAAUGCCCAGAUGGACGAAGAACAAGUGCGCGGUUACCCAAAGAGUCUUCAUUCCGAUGCCAAGCCUGGGCGAGAGAUGGAGCAGGGCAGCCCACAGCCACCCAGCCAGAAGAGGGGGGACGAGCGUCCCGUAACUCAUCGGGAAGGCGAGAAGGGAAGGACAGACGAUGAGGAGCUCGAAAUGGAUGCAGGAGUGAUUGAGAGAGAGGAGAACUUGCAUUCUCAGAAAGACCCUGUUGUCCAGGAGCCAAUGAUGCCAGAUGAUGCUGCAGAUCCUGCCCAGGAUCCCAAUAACCAAGGUGAGGAUGAGUUUGAGGAAGCUGAGCUGGAGAGACCUGACUUUGAAGAGAAGGUGGGAGGUUUGGAGAAGUUCAAGGAGCCCAGCGUGAAAGAAGACUCUAAGGAGAAGCCACUGAAGGAUGCUGGCAGACCUGCCAAGGCCAGGGAAGACCCAAUGGAUGACUAUCAAGAAGAUCAGGAGCAAGAAAUUGAGGAUCAUGGAGGUGAGGUGGAUGACAAUGAUGACCUGGAGCUUGUCCAAGACCAGAAGGACCAUGCAGGCAUACAGGGAGCUGAUGGCAAGAAGGAUGACUACUACUGAAAGAUGCUGAAGGCAAAUGGAAUACGCUAGGAACGAGGAGAUGGGAACUCCUCCUGGGAACUGGCUCCUGUAUUAAACACUGCCCGGAACAGAGGAAGGCAGGAGGAGGUACCUGUCUUCGCAGGCACGGAGCAGGGAGCUUGCAGAUGUGCAUUACAUCCACGUGCCGGGGGCCAUUGCUGCCCCUCCGGUCACUAGCAUGGAAGUGUUCUCAGACUGUAGGAAUGAUUUUUAUUCUGCUGCUUCUCUUAGAAGCACUUUUUUGACUUAUUUUGUUCUCCACCUUCUUGUUUUCCUUAUCCCCUCCCAAGCUGGAGAGUUAUUCUUAUUUUUUUUUAACCCCCUGGGCAGCGGAGUUGUGACUGGACUGGUCCUUGGACUUACUCGACUGAUUGCUAAUACAAAGGAAUCUGUCUUCAUAAAAUAUUUUGCUCAGUAGUGUUUUGUUUUUGUUUUUUGUUUUUUUUUUUUUUUUUUUAAAACAUCCUUUGCUCCCAUCGGAGUAAGGUGGAGAGGAAGUUAGCCUGGUUUUUGUCUGGAGUAACGUAAGGGUGAUAGCUAACCAUCUCUCUAAGGGUGAUAGCUAACCAUGAGCACCAACAGAAGUGACCAUGUGCCAGCCGGUGGGGGGGGGGGGGGGUGUAUGUGUGUGUAUGAACGACUGGAUCCUCUCCCCGGUGCAGAGACCCUCCCCAGUGACUCAGAGCAGACCCCUGUAGAGUUCUCUCUUCCUUGCCGUUGAGCUGUGACUGUCCUGCUGGGCUCGGAGCCUCCCCAUCUAAUGCUGCGCAUCUUGUCUUGACAUCGCUGCUGCGCCCUGGGUCCCUGGAGGUGCGUGGGCUGGCCUGAGCUGGGACAGGCUCUUCUGCGACGGUGGCAGGGGCUGCCACACAGAGGAACAACUCCAGCGCUGCAGCAACCUCUGCAGAUCACUAGCAGUGAACGACGGCUUCGUGGCACAGCCGCCAGUCCCUCGGAUGGGAUACUCUUUUCACUUUGUGUAGCAUUUUGGCAUGGAUGCCCCCAGUGGGACACGAACAGAGUCUGGGAAGGGCCAAACCAUCCACUGCUUAAAGCUUUCAAGUAUAAGUAGCAGGAUGGGAGCAGGCCUCCGUUUCUGUGAUGCUCAAACCUUCCUGCUGCUCAGGAUGCAGCUGCAGCAUCCCAGCAGAGCCGGGCCUGCCCUGCCCUCCUCCGGCAGAAGGUGUGGGAGCGCGUCCCAGCCUCCUCCUUCCCUCUCUUCCUCACAUACUCGCAGCUUUCGGCACCUCCCAAGGUGCCCUGUGUUGUUCGGGAUUCUCAAAAGAGCAAGGAAGGCUUGAUAAGGGUGAAAUUUGGUGCACUGGAGAGGAAAAAAGUAAGGAAGAUUAUUCAUGGUGGUAGAUAGCAAGGCAUAUUUGGAGCCCGACUAAUGCAAUUGCAUCCUGCUCAGCUUCUUCCCAGUCUCCCAACAUUUGACAGGGAGCUAAGAUAAAUUUUGCUCCUUCUAGACAGGGGUGAUUUUUUUAAUCAGCAAGUUGGGUAUUUUCUAGAGUUCUGCUGAUUCAGUAAAUGGAAAGGUGUGGUGCUUUACUUAAUUCUCCAAAACACAUCUUGCCUGACCUCGGAUAGAACGAAGGAAUGGGUCAGCUGGAGUCCCUGGGAUUUAAAAUAGAGGCAGCUGAAAGGAGAAUGGGUUUCAUUGUGAGCUUUGUUCCCUAUUUGAUUAGUUAUGUUUUUUUCUAAUCCCUUGUUCUGGGACGCAUUUUGUAAGCACUCCUAGGCACUUGGAAAAAAACAAUAUUUAUUUCCCAAUAAGGUUGGUCUCUUUCAUUCAGACAGUAUCGAUUUUUUUUUAUUAUUUUUUUUCUUUAGUCUGCUGGUUCUAGUGGAGCUUGAAAUUAACGUGUUGUAGGACUUUUUGGUUUGUUGUUUUUAUUCUGCUUGUGUUUUCUUACCAGAGCAAUCAGCUCUCAGCUAAGUUAAGACAGCCAAAGGCAGAGCACCCAGCCGCGGUCACUCCAGAGCUGGCAGCAGCAGCAGUUCAGCUCCGACCCAUCACUUCAGAUGAGAAGAACUUUCUCAGGCCUGGAAAGGAGCAUUCAAUCUGCAGAGCAUUCUUUGUAUAUCCCUUUUCUUCUUUUUCUCCCAGCUUUCUCUUGGAUCAGAAAUCCAGGAGUGGUCCAGCUCCUAUUUAAAUUAAGCCAUUUCCCUUGGGAGCUUCACCAAAACCCCAAUUUAUCAAGAGUUGUCUGAUCUUUCCAGCUUGUAUCGCUCCCGAGAAUAGCCUGCUUUAAGUGUAGAGCUCUCGGUGUGCGCACAGAUCUCCGGAGAAGACAGAUGCUGUUCGAGGGGCUCUAUGCUCGUCGCGCCAAUUGGUGUCUCUGUGGGCAGAAGGAGCAAAGGUGCCAGAGGCAGGAGAGCGGCCAGAGGAAGAGGUCUGUUAGCCAAGUGCCGUAGCCGCUCAUGUAGCGCCGAGGAGCUUGCUGCAAAGCCAUAAUGGAAUUCAAGAUAUCCAAAAUGACUUGAAAUGGUUAACGCUGCUUCAGUGCUUUGUAUUACCAGCCUUGCCGUAUGAUGCAGUGCUUCUCAGCCUCCGCUGCCUGCUAUAAAUAGCACGUUCAGAAUAGAUCAGCUGGAGUCGCAGUUAUGGGUUCAGAUGCAUCCUCAACAAAAACGCCUCCAGCUCUCGGCUGGGAAGAUGUCACUGUCCCCCCGGUCAGCGCAGCAUCAAUGACCAACGCGGUCUGUGGCGUGAGCUUCAAACCUGCGUGUCCGAGCUGCCCAGCGAGAUGUGUAGUGCAGCGCUCUGUCUGCUGAACCUCACUCCCUCCUCUUCCGUGCUUCGCUUACCCCCUGGCUCGUGGAGGAUGGAAGUUCAGACCUUGCUGGAAGUGAAUCAAGCUCUGGAAAUAGAAGCCCGGUGGGGGUGAGGCUGCGUGCUGAUUCAGAGAGGCUGCGGGAGCUAUCUAAAUUAGGAGGCAGAUUCUCGGCUGUCGCAUGUCCAGGAUGAGUAAUCCUCAAAGUUAUGGCUUGGAGGGAAGCGUAGCAGCUCAGCCCUAAAUGUAAAGCUUCCCUGCGAGGAGGAUGCUUUAGCAACCAUAUGUCGUGUGCUGCCCUUAGCUGAGAGCGAAGCAUCUCUGCUCUAGGGAUCACCUGCCCCGGCUGUACCCAAGACUAAAAUUAGCGGAAUGUUCCAUAAAUUGUUAGCUGUGGGUGGUUAGCGCCACCUCCUCUGGCCGAUAGCAAGUUGCCCCCAUUUUAAUGCUGGUUCACUGUUUCCUCUAACGGGAGGUGAAACAGGAGAGAGUAAACCCAGUGGAGGAGAACCAGAAAAGCAGAAAACCUGGGGCGAUGCCUCUGUCUGGAGGCCUAUAAAGCCAUAGGGGAUGUUACCGAUUUUUGAUACGCCGCCUGGGGGGGGUCGCCGCUUAAAGCAAAUAACAGCGUUUUGCCUGAGCAGCGAACUGUUGAAGCAACAGGCGUGAGAAGCCCGGGCUGAGUUUUAUUGCAGGCUGGGGCACAGAGGAGGGUUUUAGGAAAGAGCUGGAUUGCUGAGAGAGCAAACGACGAGACAAAAUAUUCACAUGAAGCCAGUGCUGGCAGGACUCAUGUGUUUUUCCUUGUCUCUUGCAUAAAUAGUUACCUUUCGCUCCGAGCCGUGGUGCGAGGCCAGGGGGUGCGGCGCAGGAUGAGGUGCAGUUAACCCGUAGCGGUGUUGCAAAUUUUUUUCAUGGGUUGCUCUUUAUUUUCUCUUUGGACUCCAGCAAGAUGAUGUAGAUCAGGUUCCUGUGAACAAAUAUAUUUCCAGGGUUCCCAUGAUGUCAAAGUAUUAAGUGGUUUGGCCACAUAUUUAGCCGGAUGAUGAGAAUUAAUGGUACAUUCUGGGCCCUUACAAAUAAAGGCAUGGAUGAGGAAAACAUAUGCCUGUCAAUUAGGUAAAUGAAAUCUCUGUUUAAUGAAGCCCACUUCUCUGUAAUCCACUUCUUACUUGGAAACCUGGUUAGGAUUAUUAGGCUCAUUCAUUUACAUGGCAUUUCUUAGGGGUUAAAAUGUGACAAUCUAAUAGGAGUUUAAUGAGAUGUUUCUCUAAGACGUGAAAUAGUUGGAGAGGAAAAUGCCCCAAACCCUUUUCUACUGUAGGCGUGAGCUGUCUGCACAUCCCCAAACGAAGAGUUUCUCUCAUUUCUGGUUAAAUAUAUGAUUUAAGAGUAACAGCUGUUUCUAAGGAUGCCUAUUGUUCAUAUUCUAUAUAGCUUGAGAAAGACUGGCUGUUGUAAAACGUAGGGAUUAAAUAUGAGCCUAACCCAGAGGGAUGGCGUAUAGGCCUGCCAGGGAAGGAGCAUCCUUCAGCGCUCCCUCCUCCUUUGCCCCUUGCAAUAACGUAUGUCUGCACCUCAACCCCCGUCUCUCAGUGCGCUUGACCUCCUGCCAAUUUUGCUGCACUCUGUGCUGCUCUGGUGUUAGAGAAUGUCGAUGCACGCGGAAAAGACGAGCUGGGCGUGAGUAUCGCUGAGAGGGGUUGGGGUGUUCCGUGUCCUCGCAUUCAUGUGCCUGAAGAAAAUCUGGAAAUCAAAGGAACAUGUGUUUAUCCAGAUGUCUUCUUGUAAAGAAGGCCGUGGGUCUCCAGUACAAGGGUACGUGUAUGUGCCAAAGGGUCUGAGGAUGACAGUGAUGGCACAAGGAUACGCCCCACAGCUUUCAUGAUCGUUUAGGGCAGUUUGCUGUUCUGUUCUACAACAAACCUGUUCCAGCCUAUAAUCACAGAACCAGUUAUGCUGAUCAUAAUAAGUAAACGGCUAAAUGGACGUCAGUGGGCAGGUAUACUGCUGCCUUCCAUCAGUCAGAGCUUCAGGACUCAAACCCAAAGGGAAAAAUAUGAUUAUCUCCUCCAAUUCCUGUUGGUUUUGGCAGUCUUUCUGCGAAAGACAUUUGAGGAGGCUUCCAUCGCUUCGCAUGAAAUGAGGGAUCUCUGCUCAGCUUUUUUUUCCCCUCUUCCACAACUUCAAAUGCAAGUAUGGAAUUAAGUCCAGAGCCAAGUGAUGUGGCACAAGCGAUCAGGUGUCUUCACCGUUUUCCUUCCCCGUACCAAAUGCCAGACCCUUCUGGUGGAUCUCUCAACAGAAGAGCUCAAAGUGCGUUGUGAAUCAUAAGCACCGUCAGAGGCUGGUGCCAGAUCUCUUCCCUGAGCACUGGAACCACGACAGCUCUGGAGCGCAAUCUGCUUGUCAUAGUAGUUAGGAGAACUGCCCAAAGUUUAAGGAGGCAAAACUUGCUUGGUUUGGCUCCAACCAUCUCCUGAACAUCUACACGUUUCUCAGGAAGGGCUGUCAGGCCUUCAGCUCUGUGUCCCAGCUGGAAUUUCCACAGGUAAGUUUGCCUCAGCCACCAAGAAGUGCCUUCAGCAGCGCAGCACCUCCUGUUGUUCUGUGAUAACCAAGCGUUUUCGGAGGAGAGCAGCCAUCGCUACAACUUUAGCAUCCUUUUCUAUGCUGGCCCGAUUUUUUUCAUUGAUUUCUGUUGAUACCCCCGGUAUCAAAAGAGGUUUCUAGCAACUUUCUAUGGGCUCGCAGACCCCUUCUCCCCCCAACAUUAAAUCUGGUUAAAAACUAGAUGUGGAAAUAACUUAUGAGAUAAUACUUGCUAUUGUUAAAUUAUGUUGAAAGAUUUUCUUAAGAAACCAUAUACUUUAGAAAGUCUUUCAGACAGGAACCGGUGUCCUGAUGUGAGACCACUUGGUCACGUUGAUGUUCAAUGCAUCGGAAAACAAAAACUAUUUAAACAGGUUCCAUGUUGCUGCAAAUUAUACUUUGUAUAUAUUCAAGUAACGCCUUCAAUGAAGUCCAAGGUGUGUGAUUUGUGAUUGGUUUUUGUUUAGGCUGUAAAAUAAAAACCAGC